AAAAAGAAGAGAGUCAUGUUCGUGAAGCUCCUCACAGUCAUCUUCUUCGUCAUUCUACUCAUUAAAUCAUCUUACCAAGUUCUCGACAACUUCACUUACAAUGGCUUCCAUCCUCCAUUAAACCUCAUAUCCCUCCAAGGGAUCGCCAGCGUCAUACCCAGCGAUCUACUGACGCUAACAAAUUCAACGUCGCACCAAACCGGUCACGCCUUCUACACCCGACCAAUCCGGUUCAAAGAUACACCAAACGACGCCGUCUCGUCCUUCUCCACAUCAUUUGUCUUCGCCAUCCACUCACAGAUUCCGACACUUGGCGGCGACGGCAUCGCCUUUGUCGUGGCUCCCACCUCCAGCCUCCCGUCCGCAAGAUCCGGACAAUACCUAGGACUCUUCAACCUCAUGAACAACGGUAACGAAACGAACAAUAUAUUCGCUGUUGAACUAGACACGAUUCAGAAUAACGAGUUCGAUGACACGAAUGAUAACCAUGUCGGGAUCGAUAUCAACAGCUUGAAGUCAGUGAAAAGUUCGCCGGCGGGGUACUGGGACGAGAAAGGUCGGUUUAAGGAGCUUACUUUGAUCAGUGGUAAGCCCAUGCAGGUUUGGGUCGAUUACAAUGGUCGUACCCAUCAGAUCAACGUAACAAUUGCUCCUUUCCACCAUGACAAACCUAUAAAACCUCUUGUCUCUACUGUUAGGGAUCUAUCCCAUGUUUUUUUGCAAGAUAUGUUCGUAGGUUUUUCAUCUUCGACUGGUUUGAUUAAGACAAAACAUGUUGUCCUUGGGUGGAGUUUUCGCCUGAAGGGGAAAGCUCCCCCGUUAGCCUUACAUAGACUUCCAGAAUUUCGAGAGUGGCAGCCCAGGACAUCCGGAUCAAUCUCCCCGUUUACUUCCGUGUUUAUUCCAGUGUCUGUGGUUCCCCUUAUUGUGUUUAUCUUUUCACUCAUCUUCCUUGUGCGCUUCAUCUUAAGGAGGAGGAGAAAGUUCGCAGAGAAGCUAGAAGACUGGGAAACGGAGUUCAGGAAGAACCGACUCAAUUUCAAAGACUUGUACUAUGCCACCAGAGGAUUCAGUGACCUUCUUGGAUCAGGCGUGUUUGGAAGCGUUUACAAAGGUGUCAUGAAAAAGAAAGAGAUUGCCGUGAAAAGAGUGUCGAAUGAAUCCCGACAAGGGCUGAAAGAGUUUGUGUCUGAGAUCGUGAGUAUUGGUCGGAUGAGCCACCGAAACUUAGUCCCUCUCUUGGGUUAUUGCCGACGGAAAAAUGAGCUUCUUCUGGUGUACGAGUACAUGCCCAAUGGAAGCUUAGACAAGUAUUUGUACCAUAGUCCAGAGGUAACCCUCGACUGGAAACAAAGAUUUAAAGUCAUUCAAGGGGUGGCAUCUGCCUUAUUCUACCUCCACGAGGACUGGGAGCAAGUGGUGAUUCACCGCGACAUCAAAGCCAGCAACAUCUUACUAGAUGCAGACUACAAUGGGAGGCUUGGGGAUUUCGGUUUAGCUCGGUUGUGCGAUCACGGUAUUGAUCAUAAAACCACUCACGUUGCUGGAACAUGGGGAUACUUAGCCCCAGAUCACGUGAGGACAGGAAAGGCCACGACCGCUACCGAUGUUUUUGCGUUUGGGGUGCUCCUACUAGAAGUUGCGUGCGGUAGACGUCCUAUCAAGAUUGAUAACGAGAGUGGUGAGAGGGCCUUGCUCGUGGAUUGGGUUUUUGGGUUCUGGAAUGAGGGAAACAUUUUGGACGCUAAGGAUCCCAAUCUAGGGACGGAGUAUGACCAAAGAGAGGUCGAAAUGGUUUUGAAGCUAGGGUUGUUGUGCUCUCACUCCAACCCCCAGGCUAGACCAACGAUGAGACAAGUGUUACAUUACGUAAGCGGGGAUGCAAUGUUACCAGAUUUCUCGCCCUUGGAAUUGCAUGGGAACGAGAUGAUGUUGGGAACCCACCAUGGAAUUCGCGAGAUAGGCAUGUUUACAUGCAGAUCUUCAAUGGUUGAUUCUGUACUCUCCGGUGGGAGGUGAUUUUUGAAUAUCAAAAUGUUUGUGUAGAAAAGUACUAACCGCAUGAGAUAUGGGAGCAUGUUGUACGUGAAAUAAAUGAAACUUUAUGAA